AUGGCCGACAAAUCCAAAUCCAAAUCCAAACCCCAAGCCAAGGCCAGUCCCAAGCCGGCAUCCCCCCUCAAAACAACAUACCUCAUCCUCUACAACUUCGCAUCCGCAAUCGCAUGGACUGUCGUCCUCGGCCGCACCCUCCUCCUCCUCUACCUCCGCGGCCCAUCCACCGUGUACACCGGCGUAGGCGAAUGGACAAAAUGGACCCAAACAAUGGCCAUCAUGGAGGUCCUACACUCCCUCCUAGGCAUCGUUCGAGCCCCCCUCGUCACCACAAUAAUGCAAGUCUCCUCGCGCCUCCUCCUUGUCUGGCCCAUCGUCAACACCUGGCCCUUCCUCGCCCUCUCGCCCUUCUACUCCUCUAUGCUGAUCGCCUGGUCCGUCACCGAGGUCAUCCGCUAUAGCUACUUUGCGCUGUCGCUCGCCGGCGCGCUGCCCGCGCUGUUGACGUGGGUGCGCUACAGCACCUUCUACAUCCUGUACCCGAUGGGCAUUACGAGCGAGUGUAUGCUCAUCUACGGGGCGACUGGGCCGGCUGGGGAGUUGGGUGCUUUUGGACCGGUGGUUUUGUAUGCCAUUUUGGCGAUUUACGUUCCCGGUUCCUAUGUCUUGUUCACGCACAUGAUGAAGCAGAGGGGCAAGGUUAUGCGUUCGCUUAAGACCAAGGACGACAAGACGCAAUAG